AUGCUUCCCAUCGUGCUCUCCUUGCUCUUUUCUGCUCCUUUGGCGCUGUGCCAAGCCCCCUUCUGGAUGCCCAACAUGGAACAAUUCUCUUUUCUGACUGAAACGGACUUUAGAAAUGCGCUUCUCUUGCCAACAACGAACACACGACGGGUCAGAAGUCUCUAUCACGAUAUGAGAAUUCCAUUUCAAGUAUUUCCGAUUAGCCUUUGCCUUUUGCUCAAUUCAGACGAUCUUCAGAGAUUCAAACGAGGAGGAGGAGUGGCCGUGGCGGCCGACAAGGACAAAUGGCCGAACGGAAGAGUUCCGUACAUUCUGUCCGCCGCCUACAGUAAUCUAGAAGCCGAUGGGCUCUUUUUCAACUCACCAACGUUUCAGCAAGUGCACAGAGAGCAGUGUUGGCUCGCGCUUUCGAUGCCUACGCAAAGAAGACGUGCAUCCGAUUUGUUCCGAAAUCUCCGACUGACAAGGAUUACAUUGUGAUUCAAAAGUUGGAUGGGUCAGUUGUUUGAUAGCCUACUUGGUUAGCUGAGACGAUUGCAGAUGUUACGCGGACUUCUCUCGAGUGGGAGGUCGUCAACAAGUGUCUCUGGCUGACGAGUGCAUCGACUACGCCACUAUCAUCCAUGAGCUGAUGCAUGUGAUCGGUAAGUAUCUGUUUAUCACCUCUUGUCACCUUUUCAUCCGAACAGGAUUCAUCCAUGAGCAUCAGAGAGAGGACAGGGAUGCCUACGUGUCUAUCCAGUACCAGAACGUCAUUCCUGGUGAGUGAAUCCAAUUGAAAUUACCGUCGAACCAAUGUUUUCAGGUGCCAACACGGACUUCGAUAAACUCAGCAACCUGGGACUUUCCUAUUACGGAGAGCACUACGACUACAUGUCCAUCAUGCACUAUGAAGCGAAUGAAGGAUCUCGGAACGGCAAAAACACUAUCGAGGCUAAGGUUUCCGACGUUCUCAUCCAUCCCAACACGUCUUUUUCUCUUUCAGAAUGCUCAUUUCACGUCCAUUAUGGGAAAGGCGAGUGAAUUUUCGGCGUCUGAUCUCCGACGAGUCAACCGGGCGUACAAGUGUUCCAUCUUCUAA